GCAAGGAAGUUCUCGGAAGCCACGAAGCAUAAACGAUGCAAAAAUUGAAUGUUCCGUUGUGCCUGAGAUGCAAUAGAUAUGUGUUUUCAGAUAUUAUGAUUAAUUCUUAAGAUUCUUAAAAGUAAUUGAUGCGCUGUGAAAAAGCUAAAACUUUUGAAAAUAUACUGCACCAAAUCCAACCUCCAGCCCUCCACAUUAGCGGCAUUAGCCAACACAUACAACACUUACCCUAGCCUCUCUUAUUCUCUCUCUCAGCCGUUCCACAAUCAACCACCGCCAACAGCCCUCUCCUCUAUUUUUUUCAUCACCGACGGCGUCCUCUCGACCACCCACCGUGAGAUCCAGACAACAACAACGGCGUCCUCUCCACCAGCCAUCGUAAGCUGUUCUGUUUGUUUUUAUCCUGUGAGGUCAUAGUGGGGAGUUGCAUAUAAGAUUUCCAAGAGAGAAGAUCAAUAAAUUGCUCUAACGUGGCGACACUGUUAUGGGGAGUUUUUUUUUCAGACUGGGGUGGAGAGGGAUCAGGGAUGAUGCAUUUCAUAAAAAAAAUUGGGAAUGGGAUCAUUCUGUUUAAGUAUCAUCAAGAAUGACAGUAGUGUUGGCAGAACAUGUAAAAUUGAUGACCAGAAGAGUGGUUUCAGGAGCCUGGAGGUAAACACGUGAAAUUGCUUCUGCACUAGAGAAGCUAGAAGACCGAUAAAAUUGAUAACAUAAAACAAUGGCAAAUUACUAUGACAUUGAUAGUAUUCUCGUGGAGGAAGAGUUUGUCCCGGUUGUGUUUCAAAAGGCUAUAAAUGGAGUGAAAAUCGAUGAAAGUACUGAAAAAGGAUGUGUUGAACAAGGUUCAAAGACACAGCUACCUUUCUGGCUUGCUCAUGAAUUGCACAUGAGGCAAGCUGUAUCGAUAGGUGUUCCUGCCUGUUUUAAUCAAAAAACAAGGCUGGAAAUUCAGGCAGACGCCGCUUGUGUGGACCUGAGAUCCCGCUGUCCAUACUUUUAUGAAUUUGGAUGCAAGCUAGCUCCACUGUGUGAUAAAUCCAUUGGAUUGUUGCUUGCAUAUGCAUUUCGAAUCCGGUAUAAGGAAGUCCUACACAAGGCACACACCACAGCAUUUGCAGCAGCUUCCACAUUCCUGAUGCUCCUAACUAAAGAAGAAACUUACAUGUAUGAAGCAGCUCAAUCAUCCAUGGCAGCCUUUAAGAAAUGGCGGAUGGGUGGCCCCAGAUUGCAGAGAGCUUCAAUUCUUGGGAGGAAGAGAAAACCAGCUGAAUAGGUGCCCAUUUCUACCCUGCCGACAUUCUCAAUUCAAGCACUCAUGCUGCUGUUAUGUCUUGGUCCUUGCCUUGAGAUUGAUGCAUGAUGGGUGCAUUCUUGCAUGAAAAGUAACAAAGCACGUCCUGGUACUAUAAUAGUUCACUCUCCAGUUUCGUUUUCCUCCUGAUAAUUUUAGCUUGAUAUUUAGCCCUAGAGGAAGUUGGGGGCAGGGGUGAGGCUGUUUGGGGUGUUGAUGCAACUGCGGUCGCAAUUAGACAAAGAAACUGACUAUUUACUUGUUGCCAUGGUAAUUGAGUUGAUGCGGUACAUUUCAUCUUUAAUUCCGUGAUUUAUAAAAAUGAUCCCUGCUCAACUGUACAUCUAUUUCUUUGUAAGCCCAAAACAAUCAACCAAAAACUUAAAUGUGAUCAAUGGAGGCAGAACUUCUGCAUAAGAUAUUAUACCAUUUGAAUUUGGCUA